AAUAACAGAAACAGCAACAGUGUCAAAAUAGUCGUUGACGUGUUAACGUUCGUGCUGUGUUUGUGUUAAAAACUGAAAAAACACCGUCAACGACAUCAUAAAUCAGUAUGAAUCACAUAAAUUAGAUUCCAUUUUAUUAGAACUUUAAGCUCUACCGUACGGUUAUAAAGUGAAUAUAUUUUCAAUGACCUAAGUGUAUGUAAAUAUCUAAAAUACGGAGUAGCGGUUUAAGUUUUUAAACUUGUCUUGUGAGUUUCCUACAGUGGGAUUCUUCCUUCGGUGAUGAUAAAUACUUCAUUGAAGCCAGAAAAAGAUGUCAACGACUGUGGGGGCUCAUACAGGAGCUGGACCCCUUAGCCUGAUGUCAUGUGUGCGCGAAUCUUCGCCGUUGCAAGACUACGAGACAGACGUCGAAAAAAACGCUGUUUCGAAACGGAAAUUUUGGAAUCCGAAAAAAUGGUUUCGGAAAAAACAAAAGACGAGCGACGAUAACGUGACGCAGGUGCAGCAUCAGGAACACAAAGAUGUGGACGGAGGCCGUAGCAGGUCUACGGGCGAACUGUCCACGGAUGAGGAGCCCUCGCGAAGUCACGAUGUCAGAAACUCCUCAAGCAUGCACCCAGGUCUUAGCGUUUCCCACGACAGUGUUUUUCACCCAUUAAAUUCUGGCUCUUCUGAUUUGGAGCUAGAUGGCGCUCAAAGUUCCUCCUCACUGUCGAUAUCUCAACCGCUUGGUGAUAUUAAAUUACAGACUGAGUUGAAUUCGAGACUUCAGCUACGAAGAGGCAGGGGAGAUACGAGUGAGGACGAUGAAGGUCUGCCUCGGAGUCCGCUAUGCGGUUCUCCGGCCGCGGGUACCGAUGCGUAUCUUCUACUCGAAAAGGCUGUUAAUAAAGAUCUCCCGACAAAAUCACAUAGUACCUGUAGUGAUGGAUCCUUACUCAGUAUGGAUGGUUCAGAAAUGGAAGAGGAUUCUAUUGGUUUGCCGUCUAAAAAUUCUUCAAAAGUUUCAUUAAAUGACAAGAGGACAGACACAGUUUCAUUUACAGAAUCAGAUAUAGAAUUAGGUCCAAGUCUUCUAACAGCACCGUUAAAUCACAGCGCUGCACAUCACAGGGUCUCUGUUAGACCAAAGAGAACUUAUGGAGCCCCAAGGAGGAAAAAGAUUUCAACUGCACUACCUGCCACUCCAGAAGUUAACGAAGAGUCUUCCACAAGAAGUAUUUCACCAGAAAGUGUUACCACAGAGCCAAUAACCGAGCUUUACAGCAGCGCCACCUCGCGGACGAGCGCCCUAACCGCGCACAUCUACGAAACCAAACUAAAAUGUAACUCUUUGCCAGCGGGCGCCACGCCGCCCACUCGCGACUCGUUCCGGCUAAGUCGCAGCAAGUCCAACGCCGGAAAGAGCCAGGACGAUGCCGUCCUCAACGGGGAAGAGAGAGAGGAGAAGCUGAGUUUGUUCGAGAGGCUGUUCCCGAGAAGAAGCGCCAAGAAAAAGAAGAAAGAGGAGAAAGGUGGGGCUAAAAGUGGAGAUGUCAACGUGGAGGUCGAUGGAAGGAGUUCUUUCAGAAGAGUCGUCGAAGAAAAACCUGCCAAUUUGUUCUCAACUCCAGUAACUGUAAAAGUACAUACGACAGAAAGUAAAACAGCGUCUUCCCACGUUCAUGUUAGACGUGAAGAAAUGAGACCCAUCAUCGCACCUCGUACCGGCGCUGCGUCAAGACAAAGAGUACAACCUAUUGACAUCCCUUCUUCGCCAAUAAGUACCAGGCAAUCCUUAAAUUCUAUACCGACAUCUCCAGUUUCACCCGAACGGUUCCAGUCUGGAACAUCCCCGAUACAAGCCGAGCUGGAGAACGUACUGAAGCAUCGCCAAAUGCAGCAUUCAGGUUUGAAGGAACCACCAGUUCCGAGAAGCGAGUCUCCAAGUCCGCCCAAACUAUGGGAGACGUCCAGUUCUGUAACGUCAAAGAGAGAAUACAAACUAUACGAAUCGAGGUCCAGCCACGUUGAUGUAAAGAGGGAGUCUAAAACUGGCACCGAAGAUAUUCGGAGCAAAGUUAAGAUCGCUGGGUUAUCUGCUUUGCAACAGCGGGUUUUAAGUUUAAACUCCGAAGAAGAGGCUUCGCACUGUUCACUAACUGAUAUACCUCAGAAACCUAAAAAACUAAUCACUAAGUCGCAUAGUUUUAAAAACCAAAAGAUUGUAACGGAAAAUCGAAUUGUAGAAACCAAUGAAAAAUUCAAUGAAGCUAAAACUGUCGUUACCAAAUCAUCUUCGUUGGAUAGUGUGAAGAAUUUGGACGAACCUAUUUUAAAAUCGGAACUGAAAAUGACUUUGAAACCAGUUAAAACUUUUAUUGAAGACCGAGUUAAAGUCAAGCCUGUUGUAACUGUUGUAGAAGACGAUGUUAAAGUAAAGUCAGAUAAUACAGAUGAUGUAAAUCAUAUAAAACCCACUAUAAAAGAAACACUAAUAUCUCCGAAACAUGAAGAAACAAUUUUGGCAAAUCAAACCACAUCAGAUGUUUGUAGGGAAACAUCAGAAAUAGAAAAUAAGUCAAACAUUCAAAAUAUUUCCGCUGAUGGAGAUAAAUCUGAAUAUACAUCUAAAGAUAAUUCGUAUACUUCUAACACUCAUUCCUCAAGCAUAUUUGAAGAACAUAGUGUCAAAACAAAUGAACAGCCAACUGUUCUGCCUACUCUAUUUAACGAUGCAAUCACUAUAUCCGGACCUAGUCAUACAGCGGUCGUUAAUGUAACCAGCCAGUCAGAAGAGACUUUCAAGAAAAGUUCCGUUAAAACUGAAAGCGAAAACUCGGAAAAAGAGGAAACCAAGAUAGUUUCUCAUCGAGAGAGUCAAGUGUCUGUCACGAAGAUUCAUUUAAAGCAAGAAACAACAGAAGUUACAAAGACAAACGUCACGGUGUUAAAACCAAACGUCCCCGAGUUUUUGAAUAAGCAGUUGAAUAAGGUUGAAUCUCGGCCUUCCAGUAAUAUUAUUCUUUCAAUGAAAACGCCGAAAUCACCCGAGGAUACCGAGACUGCCAAAGCCAAAUCGUCGGUUAGUGUGGACAGUGAAAGGCCACAGCAUUUACCGAGAAAAUUUAGUAAAGAGGACGUGGAGAUUAUUGAAAAAACUCCGGAGAGUGUUGCAGAGAAAGAUGUCUCGCCACCGAAAACACCAACAUUGGUUUCUGUAGCUCCGUUAACACCAAAUCAAAAUAGGUUUAGAAAAAACGAUUCCAGACCGUCAUCUCGCAAAUCGUCCGUCAUAUCAAUCACCCCCGAAUCGCCAGUCAAAGAGCACAUCAAAGAUCGAGCCCUGAAAACGCGUUCGAUAUCAUUGGAUUCGUUAAAAACGGACCAAAACGGCACCGACACAGCCACGAUCCCCGACAAAUCGUCGCAAGACAGUUUGGACAGGCUGGAAAAGAAAACAAACGAGACUGUCGUUUUGAGACGGAAGUCCAUCGUUAAGCAGAGCAACGAAGAGGAACCGGAAUUGAUGAAGGUGUUCGCUAGGAGGUCGUUGAAAUUGAAGGACAACGAAAUAGAGCAGCUUCAAGAGGCUAUACAAGAUGAAAAAUUAAGGGACUCUGACAAGGAGAAUAUCAAAGAAAUCACCCCCGAGCUAGAACAACAGAAACCAUCGUCCAAGGAGAAAAAAAAUGGAUCUGACGAUCCGACGACCAAUUCAAAACCGAAAAUCUCAAAGACGCCCCUGCACGAAACGAAAAAACUCACCGAGUCCGUCAAGAAUUCGACCACCGAGGAGUCCGACGUCCAGUUGCGAAGGAAUAUCAACAACAACAUCUUUUUAUCGAGUCAAAGAACGGUCAGUCUCAGUCUGCCAAAGACCAUCGUGCCCGAUUUUCACAUAAAGAAACAGCCAUCUUUAAGUGAACGGCGAAAAACGGAUCAGUGGCAAACUAUCAAGGACGAGAAUGUCGUCGAAGAGAAGAAAACGGAUUCUGAAAUUAUUUUAAAUAUAUCUGAGAAAUCGGAAGAGAUUCAAUCGGCUACGAAGAAUUUCAGUCAGAGAAAGGCCGAGUGGGAGAAAAGAGCACAGCAAGCACAUAAAUAACUGUUUUGUUAGAGAGAUAUGACUCGAAAACAUAUAUGACGUUAUUGAAAUAAAGAGUUAUUCAUAAUAAAAGACUUCAUGGUGGAUAUUGUCAGAUAUAAUACUCUUUCUACUAGAGCUUAAGUGUUCUUAAACUAGUAAGGUUGCCUGGUAACUAACGGACCAAUUAGGACACGGUAUUAUAGUCCAUAUAUUUUGAUAUUAAUUUUGACGUUGUUAUUUCUAAGAUCAAAUGCUGGAAACGAGUACCCAAACGUUCUAGUUUGGAUGAUUGUACUAGGGUUGUUUUUUUAUAUUUUACAUAUAGAGGUACAAAAAAAACUGUAGAUAACUUUUAAACAGUAUUGUUUUUCGAAAUAUUCUCCACGAAGAGAAAUGCAUUUUUGUAUCCAUUGGAACCAAUUCCGAAAGCAGUUAUUUCAAUCACUUGUUGGUACCUUCAAAAUUGCGUUUUUGAAGGCGCUGCCUGCGUCUUCUGGGCACAGGAAGCACCACUCAGUUCAUUCUUAAUGUUUUGAAGAGUAAAAAAGUCGUUAGGACUUAGGUCGGGACUGUAUGGAGGAUGGUCCAACAAUUCGAUGUUUUCUUGCUUUAAAAACUCAAUUGCUUUUCGUGCUGUGCGGGAACUUGCAUUUGUGUUUGAAAAAACAAUACUAUAAUACUCUUAACAUAAGUGAGCAAGUAUGCUUGGCAUCUCUAUAAUUUUUUUAUUAAGACCUAGUUCUUAGGCUAAUAUUAAGAAUUUGUCUACAAAUCCAAAGAACUUCUCUACAAGGAUAUUAAUAUCGAUUGAUAUAAAGUUCUAAUAACAAUUUUCGACAACCCUUAAUGUCAAAACCGUACACAGCAAGGAAAAUGAGAAAUAAUAAACUGCAGACUUCUUUAUAUCUCCUAUAAUAUAAAUUAUAUCCAGUGAGAUAAGGGAACACUUUCGACAAAGACAUAAUUGAUAUUUGUCAUUUUGACAAAUAAAAACUGUCACUAGCGGUCACUGUAUAUUCUCUCAGACAUCCUCUGACGCGCGCUUAUACAUAUUAAAUAAGUUAGUUAAUAUAUAUAUGGACGCGCGUCCAAUACCACUCCUUAGUUACCACAGAUCAUUUCUACUAGUUUAAUGACUCUUGACAUAUAGUUCGUGUUCUAUUGUCUUGGUUUGUCUUGCCAAUUACAUAAAAUAAUUUCAGAACCUUUUUUUGACAAACUUAUAUCAUGCUUUAACCAUGAUUCAGGCCAAAAGUGUAGUCUUCUUGCCGAAACACAUAAGGCCUAACAAUUUCAUGACUAAAACGAUUUUAUUAGUCAAAUUUAUGUGAUAGUAUUAAAUAGAAUAAUUUUGAAAAAAAUCAACUUUUUUUAUUGUUUGGUUUAAUGAAACGAAUCAAGAGAGAUUGACUGAACAUCUUUAAAAUAGAGCGUAGAAUAUCAUAAAAACCAAAAUAUAAAAUAUGAAACUUGUAAAAUAUUCUUAUGAUAUUUAAUGACAGUACUUAGAAAACUUUAAUGUAUUAAGUUUUUUAUAAUUAGAAAAAUAGACGUUGUAACGUCGUAUAUGAUGUAUACUGUUAAAAUAGCUCUAUUUUUUCACCCAUUCUUUACUAUAGAUGAAAUUGUUCUAAAAAUAUUAACUGAAAAAUUUGAAGAGCUUCUUUUGUAUUACAAAGAUAUUACAAAAAAAACGUUUGUAAGAAUUUCUAUAAACACUCUGUAUACCAGAUUCUGAAACUGAUUUUGCCAUUGUACACUUAACAGGUUCACGUAUAACUUUAUCUGUUAGCCUCCCCAAUUAAAAAAAUGUAUACUUUCCUAUAGAAAAUAUGUUCUGUUAUUCAUGAUAGAUGCUCUGUUAGAAAUAAAAAUGUUGUAAUUUUUACUUUCAAAAUAUAAAAUACUUUAUUUGGUAUGACCAGGAUGAGUAAAGGUUUAUUGGAUUAACUCCGAUUAAAUAUUAGGUACCAAAAUGUUGCAUUUAAUUUUAAAAAGAAAUAUUAAGACUUUUAAUUAUCUCUGUAUUGUUUAUUUGUAGAUAUUAGGUAAGUGCCUUUUUAGUAUUUUUCAAUUAACUAUAUUCAUUUUAACAUGGAGUUUAAAUAGAAGACCAAUAUUUCUAUUACCUGUAUUAUUUAUGGUCUUUAUAUUAAAAUAGUUUUUAUAUCAGGGUCCUACAAUAGUGCGCUGGGAAUUUAUGGGUUCUUUAACAAAAAUCAUGAUUCAAAUCAAUAUCAAAUGAACAUGUUUCGUAUGUAAUAAUAAUAAUAUUCGCUUUAUUGAUGAGAUUUUACAUUCAAAAAACACAUUGCCCCUCGUCCACUCAUACUUUUUGAGACACUCUUCUACAAGUGAAUAUAUUUUCCUGAAUAUUGUAUCUUUACUAUUAGACCUAUAGAUGCCCGACGGCACUGUUGCAGAACCCUGAAGUACUUUACUUUUCCUGUUAAAACUCCAUGCAUCUUUUAACCCCAUUGUGAUGAACAAGUUAGAAAUGAUAGUGAACCCACGCUUGCCUUUCGAAAGAUAAUAUUUGGUGCUUGAGAGAGAGAAUUUAUGUAUAUUGUGUGUUGAUAUUAUCUCAGUGUAUAUUACAUUUACUGUCAUAUUUCAAUAUGUCCUGAAAUAAAUGUUUAAUGUAA